AAGCUCCCCCUUCCUUCCCGUCCUAUCGAGCUAUACCACGACCUUUUGCCCUGCCCCUCUGUCCUCACCAUUCUCCCUUACUAUUCUCAUCCUCCCUCACCUCCUUUCUCGAGGCAACUUGAUCUUCCAAGUCAUUGACUUCCUUCCUUCAUAUUAUCCUUAUCUCUCUGCGCUCCCUUUGGCUUGCUCGUGUAGUUUAGUCCUACCCCGCCGACAAGAUGGCCGCCGCAGCCGCCGCCGCAGUUUCCCAACCCCCGCGGGAGCGUAGACCCUCGACGGGCGCUCCUAUUUCAACCUUGAUAGGCCCUGUCGGCCCUGGCUUCACUCGACCCAAGCACAAGAGAACCGCCACAGGCUUCGGAGCUGGCGACAUCAAGGCCGUGGAGUCAAGCAUUCCAGAGCACAUGCGAGAGGCCUGGAGAAAAUUUUCCCCGCGCCCUUUCACUAGCAAAGAAGAGUUUGAGGCAGAAUGUGUCAAGCAUAUCGAAACCACUUUGGCGAGAUCCCUCUUCAAUUGCGACGAGCUGGCCGCAUACUCCGGGACUUCGCUGGCCUUUCGCGAUCGCCUGAUCAUUGAUUGGAACAAGACUCAGCAGAGGCAGACAUUUGUCGACCAAAAGAGAAUCUACUAUCUCUCCCUCGAGUUCUUGAUGGGCAGAGCACUGGAUAAUGCAAUGCUCAACGUUGGAUUGAAAGGCGUGGCCAAAGACGGUCUCGCAGAACUCGGAUUCCGCAUUGAGGACAUCAUUGAACAGGAGCACGACGCGGCUUUGGGCAAUGGAGGUCUCGGUCGACUCGCUGCAUGUUUCCUCGACAGCUUGGCCUCCUUGAACUACGCAGCUUGGGGUUACGGCCUCCGAUACCGAUACGGCAUUUUCAAGCAAGAGAUUGAGAAUGGGUAUCAGGUUGAAAUUCCGGAUUAUUGGCUCGAUUUCAACCCUUGGGAGUUCCCCAGACACGACGUCACGGUCGAUGUGCAGUUCUAUGGUUGGGUCAACAAGUUCACAGAUGAGGAGGGUAAGCAGAUUGUGUCCUGGCAGGACGGCGAGGUCGUCACGGCGACUGCUUACGAUGUGCCCAUUCCGGGCUACGGGACCCCGACCGUGAACAAUCUGCGUCUUUGGUCGAGCAAGGCCUCAAGUGGCGAGUUCGACUUCUCCAAAUUCAAUUCUGGCGAGUACGAAAGUGCCGUGGCCGACGAGCAGCGUGCCGAAACGAUAUCAGCUGUGCUGUACCCGAAUGACAACCUCGAAAGGGGCAAGGAGCUCCGCUUGAAGCAACAGUACUUCUGGUGUGCCGCGUCUCUGCACGAUAUCGUCCGCAGAUUCAAAAAAACCAAACGCGAGUGGUCUGAAUUCCCCGAACAAGUGGCCAUUCAGCUAAAUGACACGCAUCCAACGCUUGCCAUUGUCGAGUUGCAGCGAAUUCUGAUCGACAUGGAGGGUCUCGAAUGGGACACCGCCUGGAACAUUGUCACCAAGACAUUUGGUUAUACCAACCACACUGUUUUGCCAGAAGCAUUGGAGAAAUGGUCCGUACCUCUGAUCCAGAAUCUCCUGCCACGGCAUCUACAGAUUAUAUACGAUAUCAAUCUCUAUUUCCUCCAGUCUGUCGAACGGCGCUUCCCGAAGGACCGCGAUAUGUUGGCGCGAGUCUCCAUCAUUGAAGAGUCACAGCCCAAGAUGAUACGGAUGGCCUACCUUGCAAUUGUUGGCUCCCACAAGGUCAAUGGCGUGGCCGAGCUCCACUCGGAUUUGAUCAAGACGACCAUUUUCAAGGACUUUGUCAAAGUCUAUGGCCCGGACAAAUUCACCAAUGUUACCAACGGCAUCACUCCCCGCCGAUGGCUGCACCAGGCAAACCCACGCCUUUCCGAACUGAUUGCUUCAAAGAUCGGAAACUAUGAAUUCCUGAAGGAUUUGACACUACUCAACAAAUUGGAGCCGUUCGCUGACGACAAGGCGUUCAAGAAGGAGUGGGCGGAGAUCAAGUACGCCAACAAGGUCCGACUUGCCCAGCAUAUCCUGAAGACCACAGGGGUGAGUGUCAACCCCAAAGCCCUCUUUGACAUCCAAGUCAAGCGAAUCCACGAGUACAAACGUCAGCAACUCAAUAUUUUCGGCGUGAUUCAUCGUUACCUGGCGAUCAAGGCGAUGACGCCUGAGGAGCGCAAGAAGGUCUCGCCCAAGGUGUCCAUCUUUGGUGGCAAAGCCGCCCCAGGCUACUGGAUGGCCAAGACCAUCAUCCAUCUGAUCAACAAGGUUGGAGAAGUGGUCAACAAAGAUCCCGAUGUUGGCGAUUUGCUGAAGGUGGUCUUUGUGGCAGACUACAAUGUCAGCAAGGCAGAGAUCAUCAUUCCAGCUUCAGACAUCAGUGAACACAUCUCCACCGCUGGUACCGAGGCCUCGGGCACUAGCAAUAUGAAAUUUGUGCUGAAUGGCGGUCUGAUCAUUGGCACACUCGAUGGGGCGAACAUUGAAAUCACUCGCGAAAUCGGAGAACAGAACAUCUUCUUGUUUGGCAAUCUGUCCGAGGACGUGGAGGAUUUGCGACACCACCACUUCUACGGCAAUUACCAAGUCAACCCUGAGCUUCUGAAAGUGUUUGAAUGCAUCAAGAAGGGCACUUUCGGUGACGAGGCCGCUUUUGGUGCCCUCAUCAGUGCCAUUGUGGAGCACGGCGACUAUUACCUUGUGAGCGAUGACUUCAACAGUUACUGCCAGACCCAAGAUCUCAUCGACGAGGCAUACAAAGACCAGGACUCCUGGGUUACCAAGUCGAUCAUGAGCGUGGCCAGGAUGGGAUUCUUCACGUCGGACCGCUGCAUCAACGAGUAUGCUGAUACGAUCUGGAACAUUGAACCUCUCGAUGUCAAGGAUGAGAAGGAGGUUAGAGCACGAACUGGACUUGAUACCUAGACCUAGCCGAAGACUUCAAGGCUGUUCGUUCUUUAGAUAUCAAAUCAAUAAUGAAGGCGGGAAGAGCAUUCACCUUACCAAGGCAUUGGACCAAACCCCCUUUAAGACUUGGGAUUGCGGGAAAAGAAUGGAUACAGCAUAGUCAACCCUUUAACAUAGCACUCUGGAAUUUCCACCCAGGGCAGGAGGGCGGAAGAUAGAGGGCAACGGAGCGUGGUGAUGACCUUAGUGAAACACAGUUAUGAUUCUCGAGCACGCAGGAAGGCACACGAUCUUGUGAUAUAAACGUAUACUCCCGCCGAUCUUCCGUUGUGAGAUAGUGAGAGUUCAAGGAUGCAGGAGUAGGAUGCACAAGGGA